AUGGGGUUCUGGAACCAAGGAGUCCGGUCGCGCUCGCCCUCCCCGUCCCGGCGCUCAUACUACGCGUCGCGGCCGUCGUACUCGCGCAGCGCGUCGUCGUUCUUCUCGGGCUUCGGCGGCGGCGGCGGCUCGUCGUCGCGGGGCCACUCGUCGCGCGCGCGCCCGCGGUCUGGCUUCGUCAACCGCAUCCGCCGCUUCCUGCGCGAGAUCUACCACUGGAUGCGCCGCCACCCGGUCCGCACCUUCAUGCUGGUCAUCCUGCCGCUGAUCACGGGCGGCGCGCUCGGCAAGCUGCUCGGCGCCGUGGGCAUUCGGCUCCCCGCCGGCCUGCAGCGCAUGGUGGGCGGCCGCGGGGGAGAGAUGAGUCGCACGACCGAGAGAUUCUAUGCCCGCGGCGGCGCGAGGGACUUUGCCGGCGGCAGUGCCUUGCCCGGCAUGGGCGGGGGGAUUGGGUCCAGUAUCGGUGCCUUGGCAGGAAUAGCGAAGAUGUUCAUCUGA